AUGGUUCCAGUGAACCAGCCAAAGGACAAGAAGCAUGAGAAGAGGGCGCACGAGCAUCGGCCCGAAGAGGCAAAAUCAGCUGGCAAGAGUAAACCGGGCUACAGGGAACCAGGGAAUGAACCACUAGCGAAGAAGUUGUUUGUGAGAAAAACAUCCAACCCCCUCGAGAAAAUCGGUUGGAGUGGAGGUGGGUCCCUGGUGAGAAACAGCAGAGUCCCAUUCCAUCAGCUGGAGCGGCAGCGCAGCAUUGUUCAUUAUGUCUACCAGAACAUGCUGGGAGCCUCCAUUCAGGCACAGCUCAGGCAGCAUCUGAAGCUGCCCUUUCUGCGUUCUCUUGCCUCAUACCGCUGCUUUCAAACAGCAAGUCCCUUUGACAGGAGAGUGACAUGCCUGGAAUGGCAUCCAACACACCCCAGUACUGUAGCCGUUGGUUCCAAAGGUGGAGACAUCAUCCUGUGGGACUAUCAAGUACUUAGUAAAACCUGCUUCAUACAAGGGAUGGGAGCUGGAGGGGCCAUCACAGGAAUGAAGUUUAACCCUUUUAACCCUAGUCAGCUGUACACUUCGUCAGUUGCCGGCACUACCACCCUGCAGGAUUUUAAUGGCAGUACUGUCCGGGUCUUCACCAGCACCGAGGACUGGGAUUGCUGGUACUGCAGCGUUGAUGUUUCUGCAAGCAGCCGGGCGGUGGUGACGGGGGAUAACAUGGGCAACGUGGUCCUGCUCAGCACUUCCGGCAAAGAGAUUUGGAAGCUGAAGUUGCACAAGAAGAAAGUGACUCAUGUGGAGUUUAACUCCCGAUGUGAGUGGCUGUUGGCCACGGCGUCUGUGGAUCAGUCAGUCAAAAUCUGGGACCUCAGAAACGUCAAAAGCAGCACGAAUUUUCUAUAUCUGCUUCCUCACAACAAACCCGUCAGUGCAGCUUACUUCAGCCCAAUGGAUGGCGCCAAGCUCCUGAGCACAGACCAGCGCAGCGAAAUCAGGGUUUACUCAUCCUCGGACUGGAGCAAGCCGCAGCAUCUGAUCCCACAUCCGCAUCGGCAGUUUCAGCACCUCACACCUAUUAAGGCAACAUGGCACCCUCGCUAUGACCUCAUUGUAGCAGGUCGCUACCCCGACCCCAGGUUCCCAGGGUACACGGUGGACGAGCUGCGAACUGUUGAUGUCUUCGAUGGAAACACCGGGGAGAUGGUUUGUCAGCUCUAUGAUCCAAAUGCGUCUGGUAUCAUCUCGCUCAAUAAAUUUAACCCUAUGGGAGACACGCUGGCUUCUGGCAUGGGCUUUAAUAUUCUGAUCUGGAGCCGGGAGGAGCUGGUGGCCAACAAGCAAGUACAUGUUUUGAAAGCCGUGACAGAACAGGGGAUUAGAAGCCGGAGUCUGUCCAGACUUGGAGCGCAGAGGCAAGCAACCCCCAGGACAAGCAAACUCAAAGCUAACGUAACGUCUUGGGAGGUGGAGGAGAGGAGAACAAAACCCAGCGAUUCUAAAUCACAGGGAGAGAAGCGGAAAGGGAAGGAUCUAGAGAACUGA